AUGGCCGGAAUUGUCAACAAGGAGUUUCCUGAGUUGGCCCAGACAGGGCUGAACUACCUGUCAUGGUCCUCGGACUGCGAGAUCUUUUUCCAGGGCAAAACCCUCCCGAGGGCGAUCGGUAAGGGGGCCCAGCUGGCCGUCACUGAUCCCAAGUUCGAAACUGAGAAUGCGCAGGCUCUGCACUUUCUCCGUCAUCACCUGUCACCUACUUUGAAAGAUGAGUAUAUGGCUGAGCGCAGUGCUUCUAGCCUUUGGACCGCUCUUAAGCAGCGGUUUGAGCGACUGAAGUACACUGUGAAGCCACGUGCAGAGGCAGAGUGGAUCCGUCUGAGGUUUGCGGACUUCAAGACGAUUGAGAAAACCCUAUCCACUUUCCACCCCGACGCGGUCCAGUCCUCACGGAACUACCGCCAGGGGAACUACACGAGGUAUUCAGAGUUGAUUGACGUCCUCCAGGUGGCGGAGGCGCAGGACGAGGUUCUCAAAAAGAACUUUCUCGCGCAACCACUUGGGUGCCGCGCACCACAGGAGGUCGUUGAUGCAUAUAAGGCUCGGAAGGCGCGUGAGACGCACCUCGCCUUGGUUCAGGAGGGAGCACCACCGACGCCCAUGGCGGCACCCGUGAUGAUCGCUACUGCCCCUGCUGUGCCCAUAGAGGCGACCCCCGUGGUGCCCAUCGCGGCAGCUUUGGCGGUCUCUACCGACGCCCACGUCGCCAUGGAGGUUGACCACAUGGCCGCCUCGGCGGCGCCGCCACUAGACAUUGAUGCUGCCUCCAAGAUGAUUUCUAAGUAG